AUGAAAUUACUAGUUAUAUUGUGUCUUCUAUCGGUAGUGGUGGCAGCUAGUAUCGUUGGAAAGAAAGCAGUUGGAGCCAAAGGAACUCUUCUUUGUGGAAAGGAACCAGCUUCCAAUGUCAGAGUCAGAUUGUUCCGUGUGAAGCCAGGAAAGAAGGAUGAUAUUGCUCAAGUGCUCGAUGAAAAGUACACCGGACCACAAGGAAUGUUCCAUGUAGAGGGAAAUACCAACGGAUUCCCAUUGAACGAGACUGAUCUUCAGCCAGUCAUCUCAUUCUACCACCAUUGCGAUGAUGACCCGAAGAAGUUGGAGAAGACUGCCUUCCGUCGUUUCAACUACAUCCUUCCAGAAACUUUCGUGAACGGAGGUGAGAAGGCCAAGAAGACGUAUGACUUGGGAACUGUGAAUAUUCAAUUGGAGUUCCCAAAUGAGAAGAGAGAGAAGACGAUUGUGGAGAAGGCUGCUUAA